AUGGCGUCGUCAACUCUUGUCCGUACUCUCGAGCACCAUGUCAAGAGGAUUCUUAUGGUUAGACCGACUCACUUUGAGUUGAAAUACUCGAUCAACCCGUGGAUGGAUAUGAAACGAGGAGUGAAUCGGGAGAAAGCUUUGAAGCAAUGGGACUAUCUCAAGAACACAAUCGAGAACAGCGGAGCGAAAGUGGAAGUGAUGGAGUCAACGGUUAGUAAAAUGAGAAAGGAAAAAAAGGAACAGAAUUUGGGAGCGAGCCGAGAAACCCUCAUCUAAAAUGCUAAAUGAUCUCAUUUCAGGGAGCCGAAAGCCUGCCGGAUAUUGUUUUUGCGGCGAAUGCAGCCAUUAUCAAAGGAAACAAAGCAUAUCUGGCCAGUUUCGCGCAUCCGGAAAGACAAGGAGAAAGGUUGGCAUGAACUUACCCUUCAAAGUCGAAUGUCAUCUUUUUAAGAUACUUCUACGAGCAAUGGUUCACGAACAAUGGCUAUGAAUGCGUCGGAGAUCAAGAUAUUCCAUCGGAAGGUAAGUCCGAGAAUAGAGCGAGGAGCUCGAGAGAAAUGUGUGGGACCCUCAGCUGAACGAUCAAGUUACGUCUAUUCAAAAACGACGCGCCCCCAUAUCAUGCCAAUUUCCUAUUUGGAUCAUAUAAGCAGCUAUUAGUAAUUCCACUUGUGACCCGGUGAAUCACAAAUCAAAAACCGGAGCUUCAGCUGAAUUAGACUACACAAAAGAUGGGCGUAAAAAGUCCAAUGUUUCUAGUCUGAUAUUUCAUUUGAAACAAAACGUUCUUACGUCGCUGAGCACACAGGUAUUAUUUCAAGAGUCAUUAAUGGACCAGGCAAUUGAGAAAGAAAUUGAGAUGUAUUUGUGAGGUAUUUUGUAUGGGGCUAAAGGUAGUACACCCACAAAGUCAACACGCGUCACCAAAAUACCCAAAAAAAAGCUCAAAGUCACAUGGUCUCGUAUUCUAGAUUCUCAUUCUUAUCUGAAUGAAAUUGUUUUUCUAAAAAUCGUGUAGUCGUGAGAACGAAUUAACACGAAAAUACAGAAGAAAUUUGCGUUUCUUUGAAAAAACACAGCCACAUUAUCUGGCUCUGAGCAAACUCUGUAAAAUGUUGAUAACAAGAUAACAAGUAUGUGGGUCGCGUGAUCUACUGAUACGAGCAAAAUCAAAUUUACAGGUGCAGGCGAUGCUCUCUGGGGCGGCGAUCAAUUGCGCACUCUGUUCAUGGGCGUGGGAACCCGAACCGACGUAAGAGCACUUCGCGAUGUUGCAAAUAAACUCGACGAUGGCACGAACUGGAAAGUGAUUGGUUGCCGACUCGUCGAUCCAAGGUUUGUUUAUGAAUCUUUGAAGAUUUUCGCUCCUGCUCUUUGCGAUGAUCAUAAUAACGGAGCUGCAUCGAAAAGAGUUAGAAAGUGGAGUCAUUUCAAAUGUUUUCAGAUUCUACCACAUUGACACAGCCUUCUGCCCACUCAACGAAAAUGUCGCCAUCUAUUACCCAUAUGCGUUUGAUCAUAUUACCCGUCAUAACAUGAGAAACGAGACAGAUUUGAUUGAGGUGAGUUAUUCAAUCAUGCGAAAUACGGAAACAUUGUCUCGGCUUCAGGUCUCUCAAAAGGAGGCUCGCAAUUUUGCUUGCAACGCCGUCGUCGUCGGUCAGAACGUCAUUAUGCACCAAGGGAACGAUGAGAUUGCCAACAAGCUCGUAAAGCUUGGAUUCACAGUCCGGUAUGUCCUUUCCUUCCCAUUUUAUGCAAAUUCCCCCUUUUUCAGUUUUGUUGACAUGAGCGAAUUCAUCAAAUCCGGCGGCUCCUCCAAGUGCUGCACCCUCCAAAUCUAA